CAAACACACAAGCAAGCAAGCAAGCAACACAAAGAAGAGCUGCAAAACUGCAAACGCGCGAACAUCCAACCCACCACCCCAACUCGCGCCCAUAUCCAGCAGCCCUCCCUCCUUUCAGUCUCUCAGUCGCCUGCCAGUGUGUGCGCGUGUGUGCGUGUGUUUGUGCGUGUGUUCUCUCGUUGCAGCCGCUUCAUCCCCGACAGCUGCCCAGCCACUCUGCUGUUGUUGCCUUCUUGUUCACUGUUGUGUGCUUUUCUCGACACGCCCAAUCACUCACAUGAACCGACGGUCCCAAGCAUGAGUAUUGAAACAGACCACAUCAACUUCCUCAUCUACCGGUACCUGCUCGAGUCAGGGUUCCAACACAGCUCCUUCACCUUUGGGCAGGAGAGCGGCAUUGCCCACUCUGCCAUUGCCACCACACACAUCCCGCCCGGGUCGCUCAUUGCACAAAUGCAGCGCGCCCUCAACUAUGUGCAAGCGGAAAUAAACUUGACAGAGGAAGGGCUUCCCGCAGACCCCAAGUUCCUCGAGGACCUCCCACCCUUGUCCUUGCUGGAGUCUGUCCAACCAUCCAUCUGCGAGGAGCGAAGAAAGGAGCUGUGGCAGAAGGUACAGCGAGCACGCACAGCAGAGGCAGAAACAAACGACGUUGUGGCCAAGAAGAAUGUGGAGAUCCCAGCCUCACAGCUCCGUGAAUUGGCGGGCCACUCGACUGGCGCGUUCAUGUGCCAAUGGAACCCAAAAUACAACAUGCUCGCGUCGUGUGGAAGCGACAACAAAGCACGCAUUUACCUCGACGAUCCCAAGAUGCCGCCCAUUGUGUGCCUGCAUCCUGCAGAGGAAGGAAUGGGGGAAGUGUUCUCGAUAGACUGGAGUGCAGAUGGCGACCACCUCUGCACCGGUUACGCCGAUGGAUACGUGCGCGUGUGGUCCUCACAUGACGGUGAGCUCCAGCAGCGGCUAGCGGGCACGGGCCAUCCCACCGCGAGAGCCAAGUUCAGCAGCAACGGGCGGUACAUUGCCGCUGGCGACGGUGGCGGCAACGUCAUGAUCUGGAACACUCGCACAGAGAAGAAGCUUCUUGGCGCGUCAUUCCAUGAAGGAUCGAUAUUGAGCCUGACUUGGAUUGCAGAGGACAAAUUCGUGACUGCGGGAACAGAUUCGAUGAUUUGUAUGUUUGGGGUGAAGAAGCCGUACUUUCAACAGCGGUUCUCUGGCCACACGGAUGACGUGAACAUGGUUGAUUGGAACGACAGCCUCAAGAUGCUUGCAUCAGGGUCUGACGACAAAACAGUCCGGCUGUGGACAUUGGAGAGCGAGAACGUGAAGCACGUGAUCCAGCACGAGUCACCCGUGAAGUUUCUUGCUUGGUGCCGAGCAGAGGCGUCGUCCCACCUCCUUGUCACUGGUGCGGAUGACGGCACCGUGCGCAUCGUCGAUGGGCGGCGGGGCGUGUGUCUCCACGCAUUGAAAGCCCACGCCAGUGGUAUUUUGUGCGCAGAGUUCAGCCCUGACGGUCGCUGGCUGGCCACAAGCGACGGCGGCUGCCGCGUCAUCGUUUGGGAUGUCGAGAGACAAGACGUGGUGAAGACGCUGCUGUCGAAAGGUGCCGUGUUUUGUGUCUCGUGGAACAUGGACGGAACCCACCUCGCCUUUGCAGAUGGCAGUGGCAGAGUUGCUGACAUUGACAUGAGCAGCUGAUCCCAUUGUGUCUGUUAACGUGGUUGUGGCGUGCGUGCGUGCGUUGUGUGUGUGUGUGUGUGUGUGUGUGUGCCGCUUCCAUGAGACUGCUCACUUCUGCUGAUUUUUUUCCUUUCUUUACACUACUUGCUUCAGUUAGGCGUUCUGUUAUCCAUUCAUCGACAUGGUUUUUCCCUUUCUUGCCGCUUCUGCGUUUUCUUGCGACCUUGUUUGCUCGCCUGCUUCUUGUUCUUCAUCUCCGACAAAGUCCAUUGUCUCUGAGCCCGUGCCAGUUUUGUCGCUUGCGCUCGUUGCCCCAUCCCUUCCCUCUGUCCUUCUUGUUGUAGCUUUGGCCAACUCUUUGGUGUACCUCUUGUCAUUGUGCACGUGUACUGACGUGUGGAUGUGGAUGUGGAUGUGGAUGUGGA